AUGGGAACCUUCGAUGACAAGAUCAAGCUCACCGACCACAUCCGCCCGGUGUUCGCGGCACCUCAGGGGGCUGGUGAGGCAGUCAAGACAAUCGCCCCACCUCGAUCAACCGGGACUCCCACCACGAAGACCAUCACGCACGAUGCUCUUGAUGGGCCUCAUUCUACUGAAGCUACCCAGGCUGCCUGGGUGGGCGGGCGACUAAAGCAGCGGAUGGAACAGCCUCCGGAGCAUCUCACAAUUGAGAUUCUCAAUGCGUAUGGGCAUGAAAUCACAACUGCGCAUGCCAGCAACGCGGGUAGUCCGACACCAGUCGGAGGCCCUAUCGAGCCUGGCAUCGUGCCCAACGGGACGACGGCCUCGUUCGCCGUCCCAACUGGCUGGGCCGGCAACGUCGCCAUGAACAGAGCCAAUAUGUCAAUCACCGGCGACGUGACUCUGCUCGAGGCAUCGUUCAUUGCUCCCGAGGGCUGGGACUUCGCCGUCGCAGGCGUCGACGUCUCGCUCGUCAACGGCUUCACCGUCCCCGUCACGUGCGAGUGCGACGGCAGCUGGGUCGCCGGGUGCAAGAAGAACCUCUUCGACGCCAAGAAGGCCCGCGAGGUCCAGAACGCGGCCAACGCCGCUGUCAACCCCCUCCGCGCCGACAUGUCGGCCACCUCUGCCGAGCCUUUCUUCGCCCCGUGCGAGGGGGCCGCCUACACGUUCCCCAACGACCACGCUGCCAACAGCUUUGGCGCGUGCCAGAGCGGGCUGAUCUCUUGCUGUGUUGGGACAGCUUGCCAGGCGUCGAAUCUAACGUCUUCGACAUGA